AUGAACUAUGACAUGAAGUCUGCGGCAGAGAGGAGGAACAUGCAGUUGGUCGAGCUUGACGAGAUUAGGCACCUGGCCUAUGACAGUUCGAAGAUCUACAAGGAGCGGACUAAAGCUUACCAUGACAAGAAGAUCCUGAAAAGGAACUUUUCCCAAGGAGAUCAAGUCCUGCUGUUUAACUCCAGGCUGAAGUUGUUUCCUGGAAAGCUGAAAUCAAGGUGGUCUGGGCCCUUCGUUAUCAAGGAAGUCAGACCAUAUGGAGCUUUUGAGCUAUGGGACAAGUCUGGUGGACACUUCGUGGUGAACGGUCAACGCCUCAAGCCAUACCUUGCUGAUACCGACAUCACAGAGAGGGAAUCUAUUCCUCUCAGUGAUCCAUCUCCUGCCUGA